AUGGCGGACCGAGGGGAGGGGGCGGGCUGCGCAGGGCGACGCCUCACGCCCCGCCGCCGCCCCGCAGAGUCCUUCGCCACGCCGCAGCACACGGACCGCGGGCCGUCGGAGCUGCGGCUGCUGCUCGUCGGGAAGAACCGCGGCGGGAGGAGCGCGACGGGGAACAGCAUCCUGGGGCGGGCGGCCUUCGAGUCACGCCUGUCCACGCACGCGGUGACGCGGACCAGCGAGCGGCAGAGCCGGCUGUGGGGGAACCUUGCCGUGCACGUGGUCGACACGCCCGACGCCUUCGACUCGCCCGAGCAAAGCGCCCGCUCCUGCCUCGAGCUCGCCCGCUGCGUGCUGCUGUCGGCGCCGGGGCCGCACGCGCUGGUGCUGGUGACGCAGCUGGGCCGCUUCACGCAGGAGGACGAGGCGGCCGUCCGGCAAGUGUGGCGGGUGUUCGGGCGCGGGGCCGCCGAGCGCACCGUCGUGCUCUUCACGCGCGGGGACGAGCUGAGGGACGGCUCCCUGCGGCGGCACGUGGAGGAAACCGGCACCGCCGCGCUGCGGGAGCUGGUGCGGGACUGCGGGGGCCGCUGCCGCGACUUCGACAACUGGUGGGGCCGGGAGAGCUGGAUCGAGGAGCUGCUGCAGACGGUGCUGCGCAUGUUGGGGAAAGACCUGAGCGCCCACUACGAGAACGAGCUCUACGCCCGCGCCACGCAGCUCCUGGGCCUCCUCGACAUCGAUUUCGAGCAGAAAUGCGAGCUCCUGGCCAAGGACGUGGAGCGGCAGCUGCGGGGGCCGUGGUACAUGCAGCUCCUGCAGGGGCUGUGGCACAGCUCGGUCGUGCAGUGGCUGUACAACACGAGGGGCAGGUGGUUCCUGUGCUGCUGCUGCUGCAUCCUUGUGGCGGUGCUGGCCGGCAGGCGUGUCCCGCACCACGUGUUCUCCUGGGGCUGGCAGCGCGCUGUCUCGCUGUACAACCGCUUCUUGCGCUAGCCGGCAGAGCUGCGCUGCGUUGCUUCUCCCUGGGAAAUGCGCCGCGUUGCCGCCCUGCAAAACACGCGGCCGCUUUUCCUUGUAACGGGCUGCGCAUCUCGGCGUGAAUACAACAGCACAAAGCGUGA